AUGGCCGUGAUCGCCGAGAACAGUAAAUAUAAAAGUCUACAAAGUAGGCGAGCAUAUUGACAUAGUACCAGUGGUAAUCAUUAAUCAAACCGCGUUCACCUCCGAAAUGAACGCGUUUAUUUUAAAAACGCAUUUUGAACACAUAGAAAAGUAGUGCUGCUAAAUUUUUACGCAGUUAUACAGAAAAAUUUUGUAGUUUUAGUUUUUAACUGCACUUUUUGGUCAAAAUGUUCGCAGAAUGUGUUCGCACACAUACUAUUUUAUAUUGACAAUAUUUGUUUCCCCUGCUCCUGACGUCACAAACUUAUUCUCACAUAAAUUAGCAUACCAGGUUUGUUUCAUUGGCGGAUGACUGUCGAAAGUUUUAUAAUAUUUCUGAACAACUAAACGCGAUAGACAAGUGAAAAUACGUAAUUCAGUAUUCCGUAUGUAUGUUUAAUAGGUAUCGAGAAUAAAAAAAAUUAUUGCCAUUGUCCGUUAAUUUCAUUUCUUUUAGCCAAUUGUAACUUUGACAAUGGAGAUAUCUGCCAUUAUCAAAAUGGUGCUGGACAGUUUAACUGGACGAUUAAUAGAGGAUCAACAUCCAGUAUUGGAACCGGACCAAGCUCUGACGUCAGCGGCACAGGUAAACUGUCAAAUAAAACUUAGGUCCUAUAGCUAGAAACAGUGAAAGAUAUGAUUAUGUUUACGAUUAGAUUUUUUAACAUUGGCUUUGGACAUUUGCGAUAAAUAACAAUCACGUUUUAGUUGGAUCUUAACAAUAACUCUUUCUAUUUGUUAGCACUAAAAAUAAGAUUAUUGAACUGUCCGCGUUUUGCUCAUCCUAUCCGAAAUAGAUAAGAAAAAUUAAACCUUUUGAGUAAAGGCUCCUCAUCUGCAAAUUAGUUUAAAUUUCCUUUUUGCAAGUAAAUUGGACAAAACCUUCACUUGGUAUUGCAGCCUAGAGCCUACACAGACGCCAUGCAGAUUAUUUAGGCAAAAGUACUAAUUCUAGAAUAUUGCACGGCGCUCACGUUGCAAGAUGCUUACCUCUGAAAAAAUGGGCAACAUAGCUGGAUAUUUCAAGUAACGCGAUCUCAGUUGAUUCAAGAACAGCUUUGUGACUUUGCAGUUAAUAUUGUUUUGGUCAAUAAACCUUUUUCCAACUUUUUAAAGGUUUUUAUCUGUUCAUCGAAACUUCAAGUCCACGACAGUUUGGUGAUAAUGCUACAAUUCUAACACCUUAUUUGAACGGCCCACAAUGCAUGAAAUUAUCUUACCAUAUGUACGGUAAUGAUAUUGGAGACCUGAACAUCUACGCGAAUAAGCAAAAGAUGUUUUCAAGAUCGGGAAAUCAAGGAAACCGAUGGGUCGGUGUGGAAACAGCAAUCUUAGAACGUGGAAAAUAUAUGGUGAGUAAAAAUAGCUGAAUUUCAGAUGCGCUGAAAAUAGCAGACUAUAUUGGGCAAAAAAAUUUUUUUUCAAAGCGAGAAGGAAGAGGGUCCUGGGUAAACUUCGGUAUGAACCUUGUUAAUUCUUUACAUGUGUCUGAAAACAAAAUAGCUUUUCGCCUAACCCGAAAGGAUAAUCCAACGUUCUUGUUGACAAAAAAUCGUUCUAAUUUCCAGUGGCGUAGCCAGAAUAUAAUUUAUUUGGGGCGGGGUAUAUAUCGAACGCCGAAGGCGUAAGCUUUAUAGGGGGGUCCGGGGGCAUUCUCCCCCGUGAAAAUUUUGAAAUCUGGAGUCCCUCAAUUGUCGAUUUCCCGUGUUUCUGAGGUGAGAUUUUGCAUAAUUCUGAAGAUUAUUUACUGUAGGAAAGACCUGAUUUUUAAUGAUUUCUCAAUCGGAAUGUGGAUCCUUAAUUUGACUCAAUGAAGCUUACUUGGUCGCGUGUAAAUAGUUAAAUCGUAGUUUUAAAACGCAUUUUAACCAAUAACCACCAUAGGCAUUAUUUUCUGUAGUUAGAUUUAGGAAAGAUUAGAACUUUUAUAGACAAUUAGGUGAACAGAUGAGAUUGGUAGUCACAUGGGUAGUCAUCGUCCCCCCCCCACUAAUUUCUACUCGGAUUUCGUCUUUUGCAAGGGCAGUCCUUCAGCCUAUUGGGGGGGGGGGGUUAGCCCCCCCCCCUUGUCUACGCCUCUGAAGUAAUUUCGUUGCCAAGAGCAAAAAAAGCUGAAUAUUCAAUUUCUUGUAUAAAUAUUUAAGGUUAAGUUCGAAGGUGUUCGCGGUCGUAGUUACCAAGGGGAUAUUGCAAUCGAUGCUAUCAGCUUCACUCCUGGAAAUUGCACAUUCCAAACACCAAAAUCAUCAACAACUCGUCCAACAACUACAACAAGAAGACCAACAACCCCUACGACACAAGCAGGUACUGUAAUGGUCUACCACUUUUACCAUUUUUUUGUAAAAUACAACCAACUGAAUUCAUUAUACAGCAAUGAUGAUAACAUGUCCUGGUUGCGUUCCACUGCCGGCCAUUCAUAUUCCAAGGUCCGUAUACCGACUUACUGCGACGUACAAUUACGUGGUCGUACACAAAACAGAACUUUUUUCAAGUUUUUCAACAAUGUGAAGAUUUUAUUAUGUUAAACUGGUGUAUACUAUUCUCCAUCUCCAAAAACGUAACGGUCACCCAGCAGAGAAAAUAGGGUAUAUUUCAAAACAAAUAAUUAAGAAAUUAAGAACUAUUUAAGGUUCAAAUAACCUUUCUUAUAUCACUUAGGUCAAUAGUUAGGAGGUGAACAAAAAGUAUUUGGCUACUGCAAAAGCAAUCUCGUUCCCAGGGCCUUUUUUAAAAUUGCGGCGAAGGGAAAAGGUCCUGGCACCGGCUGGUCUUUUAUGUAUUCUGAUUGGUCAAUGACAAGUACAUUAUUAUGCAAUUUUGGAUUAAUUUAUACACACUUUGGGAUAAAUUAACAUUUUCAUGCAAGGAGUGUCCAUUAUUCCUUUGUCUGUCUGCAGAGAAAUAUUUUUUGCAUAUUAUCUGUGGAAAAAAGGUCAAAUUCGAUAAGAUUUAUACAUGAUUUGUCCAAGGUUAGUAUUAUUGUUUGUUUUAAAUUGUGCAAGAACAUGAAUUGUGUACUACAACACGCCUCUGACCGAUUAUUUAGGGGAUAAUGUGCCUUCAUUUAAUGGCUUCGUAUAGCGUUAUUUUGGUGUACAAAUACUUUCUUGUAUACUCUGGGUUUAUAAAUAUGACCUUUAGUUUUUGAUAUUAUUCAUAUUUAAAUUAGUCGAGUUUAAAUUGGGUUAAUUUAAAGUUACCAUUAGAAAUGCGACGAUAUUUUUUUAUAUGCAACAUUGUUUACAACUUUUGAAUAAUGACAUAUGAUUUGAUUUUGUUUCAGAGACCAAAAUUCAUUCAGAAAUUGUGCAGCGUGUGGCUUCAUUUUUACCAUAAAUUGUUUUAAAAAAGUGAUUGCUUAUUUUGCUGAUGUUACCAGAGGCGUAACUAGAGCGUUAAUUGGGGGGGGGGGGGUAUAUUCAUAUAUUCGUGUUCUGCCCGUCGAAUUUCUUUUGAAUUUCUUUGUUUUUAAGUUCAUUUCAAAAGAAAUUAGUCGGGCAUGAAUAUACACCCCCCCUCCCAAUUAACGCUCUACUUACGCCACUGGAUGUUACAGUUUUCGAUCUGAUGUGUUCUGUUCUGAUGGUAUUAGAAAAAUUUCAAUAUGAAAGUGCAGGUGUCUUUAGACGUCAGCCAUAAUGUAUACAUCAAAGUAGCGAUAAUUUAAAUCCAUUUCCAGCUUGAUUGUGUUGGUGCAGACACAGUUGUGCAAUGAUGGACUUAUGUCCAUGUGCUUGCAUGCAUGUACAUUGAUGCCUCAAGAGAUGUUACAAAUGUGUAAUAAAGGGCUGUUCACAGGAGUUGGGCUGGCUGGCCAAGCCAACCUGGCCCAAGUCAACCUUCUGAAAAACCUCUGCAUGCAUUGUUUUUAUGAUAUUUUAUUUAAAGAUUGUAUGCAUAUGGCUGGACCAAACAGGUUACAAUCAGGCCUGAAAAUCAGGUUACAAUGCAUGCUUGAAAAUGUGCAACAAUUUCACUUCAUUGCUAAUAAUAUUCCAGAAAACCCUGCCACUCGGGCAUGUCUAUACUGAUUUGUUAGAAGGGGUGGAGGCUUUCCAGAGGUGAUGCGUUACUACAGGGGUCAGGGGGAAUUCUCCCUGAAAAUCAAUCAUUUCAAUAUAAUAAAUAUCAAAUAUGAAAUACCAGAGAUUUCGUCAAGUGGAUGCUGGACACAACUAGGCAGUGCGCAUGACACCCCUGCACUACACCGGUACAUCCCCGCUGUUUUCUGUCAUUGUCAGCUUGCAUGCUUCAUUUUGAAGCAAAUGACAUCUGUGAUCAGGUACUGGGUCAGAGUCAAACUCAUGCGAACAGCUAUUAAGUCCUAAUGAUAUUGCUAAUUAUGUACACUUUGGGUUGGUAAUGCACAGCAAUUUGUAAUUUUAUAAAUAUAAUAUUUAAUAAAAAGUAAUUAUAUACAUUGUUUUGUUGUUUAUAUUAACACCUUGUACUUGGACAGUAUACCCAUUCUGAGCCAAAGACAUUACGAAACAAUUAUCAAGGAUUUUGCAUGCAUGCAUGCAUGAUAAAAUUAUAUUUAAAAAUAACUGCUCCCCAUGUACAUGUGACACAUGGUUCAAUUCUUGCAUUUACCAAGUAAGCCCCUCCUAGACUGGGUCAAGGUAGCUAUAAGUAUAAGUAGGGAUAUAACGUCAAUUAAAAUUUACAAAUAGAGCUUUUCGAAUAGACCAUUGUGAAAGUUUUAUCAAUUUUUUAACCCUUUAUAGUGGCAAUGCAUGUGCCCUAUUUUAGGCAUCUAAUGCCAGAUGAUUUUACUCAUUUAAGGGAGAAUGAUACCACUCAAUGAAUUAAUAUAUUCUCAGAACAGUUAACAUAAAUUUAAAUCGAUUUUGCUGGCAAAAUAUCCCAAUUUAUGGACUAUUCAUUAUCUAUACACUAGCUAGGGUGGAGUGGGAAGAAAGGGAAGGCGUCGUUGAUUUGUUGAGUCGUGCAUGUUGAAGGGGGAGGGGGGGGGGAGUGAUCGUUGUAAAAAACUGUAUAGUAACUGGUUUCAGAAAAUAUUUGACUGCAUAUCAGUUGCCAAAUGGCAUGAACUUACAUUGAUAUUAUUAAAACACUAUAAAUAAGAAAUUAGGAGAAGAAUUGUUGUAAUAGAGAUAUAAUUUUAAGACAAAUCUUCUAAAGGAAGCAAUCAUUCUAGCUAUUAUAGUGUAUGUUGCAAAAUUUAUUUUCUUCAUAGUCGGGUAUUCGCAUGAAUGAAGAUUAGAAUUGCAUCAUGUUAUAUGGUCUCAAAUAUUUAGGGGGGGGUCUCCAUUAUUAAGAGACUAAAAUAGGCAGUCCCAUGACAUUUUGACAUAAGAAUCUCCCACCGCACUCUAGGGUAUAAUGAAUGGUCCCUUAAAGUACAUGUCAUCUUAAUUGCUAACUUUAACUGGCUGGGCACCUUGCCCCUUUUAUGCAAAAGCUAUUCCGUUGCUUUAUCUCUGGGAAAAAUAUCAAAGCAACUCUCCACUCUGAUAAGGCUGAUAAUGUGCAGAUGGUAACAGCAAGAACUGAAGCAUGCAUGCAGCAAGCUUUACUGGGGUACAUACUAUUAGAAGCAAAAUUUGCACAUGCUAGUUUGCCAGUCAUGAUUUUAAACGUAAUAUUUUCAUCUCAUAUAGAAUUCCUAAGGUCUUGCCUACAUUUUACUGGAAGCAAACUAAGAUGCAUGUCCAAUAAAAAAUCUGUUUUGGUCAUAUCAGUCAUAUGUCAGCUUUUCAGUUUCAACAACAUUUGGCUGCGAAUAAAAUGUAAACAAGGAAAGAGCAUACAGCACUUCGUGUGUAUUUAAAAUAUCAAUGAAUAAAUAUUCCAACCAUUGGCAGUUACCAGUGACUUUGUCAACAAUAGACCAAUAACAUCAUAUACAUCCAAAAAUAUUUCUUUGAAUCACUGUAUAUUCUUCAUAAACUCGCUCCAAUCGUCGCACGCCAGAGUUUUCGGAAGGGUAAACACCAGGUUUAAUUCACAUACCCAGUUCAAAACACUUUCCGUGUCCUCUUAGGCAAGCCUGUCCAGCUGGAGAACAUCUGUCGUAAUACUAAAUCUAUUUUUCGCAUAUUUCAUCUGUUAAUUUUGUUUAAUAGCGAACGAACAAAAUUGGAAGAACGGCAACUACAUAGUUCCCAUGUAAUGAAAGCUAUUAUAUUAUAUAUAUUAUAUCGAUAUUAUACUAAUUUUCAAUUUAAAUUAAACUUACCAAAUAUUCUCUCGAUGCUCUUCGACCAUAUUUCUCCACAGUAGAUUUUUCCAAACAACCAAAGAUUUCCCUAGCAAGAGAAGCUGCUGCAAACGUUGUCAACUAAAGACUAUGCUUCGAAUAUUAAACACUGCCGAAAUGUAUACGGACGCUUAGCUAUUGUCACUUGAUGGCGAGGGAUGCGAAAAACUGCUGAGCUCAGCGAAAACAGUGACCCUUCGCCCGAACAUGUCCACGGCUGCCCGUAAUAAUAUCCAUUUAUAUUCAUUAGGAUCCUAGUGGUUAUGCAAAUUCGUAUUGGCUUAAUCCCCUUAAUUACUUCAUCCUUUGUGUUUUACACGUGGGAAUUACCAGGCAACGCUGCCAUUAGAAUAUUUAUGUUUCUAUCAAUGAAACUAUAUAUUUCUGAAAAUAAACUUGUAAAACCAUCGUUUAAAGUAACAUAAGCAGUGUGCUAUAUUAUUUGCAAUGGUAAAUCACCGCAAUCGCUAUUAAGGGAAUAUAAUUAAUUUACACAGAAUGUGAUUUGCUGUUAAAAUUUAUCAAAAAAUACGAACAUAUCUCAAGAUGUUUCUGUACCUAGCAGCAACGUAUAGCAAGCCAAUCCUAAUCCCUCCAUUGUAUCACACACGUGAAGGGACGUUAAAAAAUGCUUACUCUGCAAGUUUUGUCCAAUUUCGCCCGCGUGACCUCAUUACUUGCCUACACUUGCCCGCGUGACGUCAUUAUUCCGCCUCAUUCCUCCUCAUUUCUCCUCCUCACUCCACCACACUCCUGCGCCGUUCCUCCGCCCAUCCUCCGCCCCAAAAAUAAGGGUCGAACGGCCUCUAUAUUACUACUCAUUUAGCAUUAAAAUAGAUUUAUGUUUUCAAAUGUUUACAAUGUUACCAGUGCAUCCUUCAAAGACCGUGUUGCUUACAGUAUGUGCUUUUUAUCUUUCACACAUUCUUCUUUGUUUUCGGGAAAUAAUCUUGCAAAAUUUUCAACUUCAUCACAAUAAUUUUGGACAUUACGAAGAUGUUCUUGGCCUGCCAACAAAUAUUAAAAUGUCAGGUCAUAUUUUUUCCCAUUUCAAGCUCUGUUCUAUAUUUAGAAGUGGAUGAGUGUUCCCGAGGAAUUGACAACUGCGACAGUAAUGCUCAGUGUAUUAACACUCCUGGCAGUUUUUCAUGCAGAUGCAACGAUGGCUUUACCGGAAGCGGCGUGAUUUGCUUUGGUUAG